AUGGAACACGGAACUACUGGUUUUAUCUUAACAUUGAUUUCUCUUAUUCAUGGUUCAUUCGCAACUAUCGUUUCCUUCAUAGUUUUCCUAGUUCUUUUGCAUCAUCAAUAUACAAAUCGAAUGAAACGGGAUGAACACAUUAAUUUAUUUCUCUUCACCAUCAUUUAUUCAUAUUUAUUCAUUUACAUUCUCACAUUGCUUUCAUUCAAUGUUCAAACAAUCUUAGGUGAUCUCUAUGACAUAAAUUUCACUUCAUCUUGGUGUACAUUUCGAGGAUAUCUCAUUUCUGUCAUGUGCUCGGACAUCUAUCAAAUAUUUGGCAUUCAGGCAUUCUUUCGUCUUUGUCGAAUUAUUUAUCCCCGUCGACGAAUGUUUCGAAGCUUUUGGUUUUACUUUGUCUUGGUCUUCGUUCAAUUAGCCAAAACGUUUGUUAUAUUGUGUCCGAUUUUAGUUUGGCAAGAUAUUGAUUAUCUCUCCAAUGAACACUAUUGUUAUGUGACAUUUGACAAGCCUCGAGGAAUGAUUUACGUUAUUUUUACAACAUACGGAAUUCCUCUUUCUAUUUUAUUUUCACACUAUGUUCGUAUCACCAUAUUUCUUCAUCGUUUACCGAAUAAUCAAACCAUGAUCAUCAGAAGUCAACAAAAGCGAGACUUGAUUGCUAUUCGGCGAAUUUUCAUUCAUGUUACUUUGCUUCUCACACUUGUUGUACCAGGAACGAUUUUGACGUUGAUCAGGUUUAUUACUGGACAAGAUUAUCCGCUGACUUUUCGUAUUUUAUGGUUGGGAAGUGAAGUGUCGAUUGCGAUAUUGACAAUCGAAAUGAUAUUGGCAACACCACAGUUGAAAAAUCUUUUUCUAAAACCAUGGAGACAAAAUCGUGUUUCGAUGAUUGCCCAAACAGUUCAACGAGGAAAUGCGACAACAAUGCAUUUAUCUGCUUAG